AUUAUGGGACCUUAUGGAAUCAAUCGAGCUGUUCACCGCCUUACUUUUUCUGACUGUCAAAAUGGAUUAGGGGUUAAAAUUAUUGGAGGUUAUCGGGAGCAAACUGAAGAAGACUAUGGAAUUUUCAUAAAGAAAAUUUUGCCAGGAGGGAUGGCUGCAAUAGAUAGCCGAUUGCUCACUGGAGACCUAAUUUUAGAUGUCAACGGAGAAAACUUAGUUGGUGUAACCAGUGAAAGAGCUGUUGACGUUUUGCGAAUGGCAUCAGCGACUAAUCACAUGUCUUUGCUGAUUACUAGAGAUGAAGAAGCAAA